AUGUUCACGUGAGUAAUGUACGGAAGUAGUGCUCGGAAAAUAAACAAACGAUGAGUCAGCCUGAAAUUUCUUCAAUUUUUCGUGGGGGUCUGUGAAAAACAGUCAUGUUUUUUCGAAAUCCUACAAAUGUUGGAACGGUCGGGGACCGGCGCGCCGUCGAAAUGAUUGCCUCAUCGCCACACUUUUAGGUUUCCAGCAAAAAACCAGAAAAAAACAGUUACCAUGUAGCAGUGUAGCAAAACGUUCAAAUUUCCAACAAAAUUCCGAGAUUUUAGCUUCACGACGACAAUUUUCAACAUUAUCGUUAAAAAUCGGUGGAAACAGCCUGACUACCAAGCGAAAUGUCUGGAAAUACCCUAUCAAAACGCUCUGAAACCAGAUGUAACCAAUCCAACUGAAUCUACUGUAUUCUCCAAAGUCCCUCUGCUCCUGCUCUGAAGAACAUGUCGCGAGGAGGCUAAAUGGCCGGGGCGGGACACAAAGUGCAUUACGCAAUGUGCCGCGUCAACUUUUCGCCACCGCACCUCAUCUUUUGAAAAGCCUCAAAAUUAGAUGAACUACUUAGUUUAGGAGGUACUUGAGCGGAUGCCCUGAAUGGGCGGCGGCACGCAACGGGUUAACGAGAUCUGUGGAGGACCCAUUCAACUCAUUGCGAUGCUCUCAAAAGUUGUGUGUCUGACCACACACAACAACUUGUUACAUACACGUUACUGGUCAUUUUAAAUGUGCGCAAGGGCGUCCCCCGACAACACCUUUCCCUCCUCUCUUUUUUUUUCAAAUUUCGCCUAGGGAAGAGAGCUCUCAGAGGAAGAAAUGCCAUAAAACAUGUUUUGUUCGUCGUGCUCUUUCUCCUUUUUGCUCCCUCGCCUCAUCUUUUCAAUUUCAAAACGAAAUGUAUAUUAUGAAGACUAAUUGAGGAUUAGUACCGUGAAAAGCGCAUAGGAUAGGAUACCCUCAUUCAUUUCGUACUACUUUUAGGCCAAAUGCCGGAAGAAGACUCGAUUGGAAUCAAUCAAAAUCAGGUGAGCAAUUUGAAAAUUUUGCAACAACAACAAAAAAAACAGCUAGAUCCGUAGGCGGCCGUCACAUUUGUCUCGGCCGUUUGAUUAGGCUAGAGUUACACCCGCUCUCCUCUCUCUCUCCGGUGUCUUUCUCAACUGUUCAAACACAAUGAGCCGGAGCAACCGAGGGAGACAGAGAGAGAGAGAGAAAGACAGAAAGCCAAUCAGUGAUCUGGAUAUUCAUCCGCACCGAAACGCGAUCAAAUACCAAAAGUGCGUGCGCGUUGAGAGAAAACAGAUGAAAGUCGUCAUUAGACCACUUAUCCGGAAUGAAGGAGGUUUCAGACUCUAAAGUACAGUUCAAGAGGCAACUAGUUGGAACCGAUUAAGACGUCCUUCCACACGGUUCCAAUCUAAAAGUUCGUGCCGAAAACAGAGUAAAUUUUGAAAAAUCAUAGAAAAUUACAACAAAGGACAUUUUUCAAUUUGAAGUCAUUCAAAUUUCGACUACUUCUUUCGACUUGCUUUCGACUUGCUAAAAAAAAUAUAUAGAAAAACAAGGACAGAAACGUAGAGAUUCGCUUGAGACCGUACAACUGCAAAACUAGGUAAUCUGGCGUUAAAAAACGUCGAAACUUUGCAGGCCAACUGAAAAAUGCUGCUCCUACUCGUACUCCUACUCCAAUUAUUCAGCAGUUUCGAAGCGCUCACAACGUGUCCUCGUCAGUGCAUUUGCCACGAACACAGUAUAGCAUGCUCGUGAGUUUUACACCCAAAAAAUGGACGAAAACGAGCCGGUGCCGCCAAAAAGAAGAAAUCGAAAGAAAGAGUGCAAACAGUGAGAGAGAGAGAGAGAGAGAGGCGGAAAGUGGCGGGAGUAUCAUAUGCUUGUACUUAUUCUGUCACACUGAUAAUAUCAUCAAGAUUAGAAAGGGCGUUAAAAACGCAAAUUUGUUCAUUUCCGAACAUUUAAAAUUGCGAACAAAUCAAUCGAUAACCAACAUCUAGUGACAGUUCGGAACCCAAAACAUUUGCAUCGAAUCAAAAAUUCAAAGCGCCGAUUUCGAUUUCGCCUUUUGCGCGGCGCGUGUAAUUCGAUGCAAUGUCCACAUAUAUACUUGGGCGAAAAAGAGUGACCACAAAGUUUUAUGAUAUUUAUUCUUCUUCCAACAAUUUUCUGAUUCAUCACGAACAUUCUCAACGAACUAUACAAAAUAUACACUGAAGAGAUGAGCUCAAACACUGAUGAUUCAACUCCGUUUCACUCUCUCUCAGAAUUUCGACAUUUUCAGCGUUGCGCGCCUUUAAUUCUAACGUUUCAGCGUUCAAUUUGAAGGAACAGUACGGAAAUGUCAAAUUCCUGAAUUUUGCUAUAGAAAUACUACAAAAAUGCGAUAAAUCCUCUUUGUUCGAGCGCAACUACAGUUUGUUAAAAAUUUUCGUGACGAAUCUCUUUCGCACAAGUAUACAUGUGAACUCUUUGAAUUUUCGUGAAUCAGUCGAUUGCGGAUAUAGAAAAAUCGGUGUUUUAGGCUAAUCCGGGUGGUUACCCUCAUUAGACGAGGGCCAAAAGAAGCGAACAGAUGUCCUUCUUCGCUCAGUGCUUAUUAAUUUUUCGGGUCUGUUUUGAGGGUCAUGAGAACACUCGCACACGUCGAAAACCGGUCCGGAAAUUCGUUUUUUUUCCCCUUCCCCCCACGAAACUAUUAAACAAAAUAUAGUGUUUUGUUGAUGCGCACAAAAUUACACCGCCCAUUUCGGGGUCGUGUUUACUCAAAGUGGUGGGAAAACGAAAAUGGAGAACGCGCGCGGUUGGCACUUUGCGUGCGCUUUUUUGUGGGAAAAUCGUCAAAAUGGCCAACUUUUUUGAGACAAAAACGCACGGAACCUCGAGAAAUUAGCGAUUUUCAUUGGAAAUGACUGGAAUUUUCAGUGCUGUCGUCAUAUUCUAGUCGGAAAAAGUUUUUACAAAAAAGUGCGAAAACUUACGCGUUUUUUACGUAAAAAACGGGGAAACACAGGAAUUUCAAGAGAAUUUGUUUGCAAAAAAGAGGCGAAUGGAAUCGGAUGAAACGGGGGGUGUAAAAGUGAAAAGAGUGUCUCCGAAAUGGCACUUAUCUUGGCGCCAAUUCAAACGAAACAGUUCGCGGCGAAGAGGGGGGCAGCAAGUGCGCUCCAUUGAAAAUCUGCGAAAGGACGGGGCGCGGCGGCCUCCAAAAAAUGAUGGACAGAAAAGGAGAGGAGAACAAUAGUCAAGUGGUUCUGAGAACCGAAAAAUGGACGGAAAAAAGACGAGAGACGGAGAGAGAGAGAGAGAGAUUACCUUUUUGCGAAACGGAAGACAAAAACAGUCGAACGGCAGUUUGGCGCGAUUUGUGCAAAAAAACGUUUUUGGAAAUUAAAUAAAAUUGUGAGUGCCAACCACGGAACGGACGUAACGUGACUUUUUGAGCAUUUUCUCGUCGAACAUUUCGUCGAUGGCGCGUUCUGAAAGCGAACAUUGAAAAAGUACGGUUACUUUGGUGGCAUCAGGGAAACACGAAAAGAACGAAAAGGUAGCGAUGGUGGUGUUCUUUGCGGGUCGGCUUGUACGUAUUUAGGGGGAGGCUUACAAGCCACCCGCCCGCCACCCGUCCAUUUCCCCCUUUUUCUCUCCGGUCCGUCGGUCGGUCGGCUACUGUAAACACGAAAAGAGCAGCAGCAGCAGCAGUCGAGAGAAAGAAAGAGAGAGAGAAAGAGAAAGAGAGAGAGAGAGAUCGUUUGCAGAUGCGAGACGACCGACAAACCCGAGCUGAUCAUUUCCUCUUUGGGAAGCACCUAUAUCACAUCACUUGUCGUGCACACUUGUGACAAGGUACGUUGCGGCAACUGGAUUCUCGAAGAUCUUUGAGAGCUUCUCAGCUGAUUGGAAUGAGACGAAAAUUGCUAAAUUGCAGGUGACCGUGCUCAACGGAAGUUUCGCCGGAGUCGUACUCGUCGAGAGACUCUCUUUCAUCGCCAUCGGUCAGUUUUUUGGCUUGUGUUAAAUCGCAAUACUGUUCUAAAACUGAGCUCGAAGUUCCAAGCGCUACAGUAGUCUUGGGAGCGGGUGUAUCAGAAAAGUGUCAAAUACAAAAUGAAAAUAUACAUUCAGGGGUACAACUUUGUAGUAGAUCACUUUUCUCUUCGACCACGUACAAAGAUAUUGUAACGCUUGCAAGUUCGACGGCCUAAAGCGCUUGAGACUCAAACUUCCAGGAGCUACAGUAUGGUUGGGAUGGGUUGUAUGAAAAAAGUGUCAACUAACAAAAUAAAGUGAACGUGUAGGCCUAUAACUUUGUAGUUGAUCACUUUUUUGUACGAGCUCGUACAAAGCUACUGUAGCGCUUCGAAGUUUGGGGGUCUAAAGAGGACUUAUCAAAAAAUGAUAAACUACAAAAAUACACUAUUCAACGUCUAGAUGUUAAAAAAAAAAUUGCAAAAUGUGAUUUUCAGGCCGUUUAUACUUCGAACCGUACGCGUUCAAAGAUAUACUACAAAGUCCGCGACAACUGGUAAUCGAUGAGGUAAUGAUGAUGAUGAUGAUGCGAAAUGCGACAAUAUAUAUAGAAUGUAUAAAAGAACGAACAGUUAGCUAUAGUUUCUCUCUUUCUCUCUCUCUCAUCCCUAUUACUAUUACCAUUCGAAAACGGAAAGAAAGAGAGAGAGAGAGAGAAAGUACACGUCGACCGGUUCCCGACUAUUAAAGUUAAAAGAACGGCGAGAAGAACAAUAUCAGUAGGGCAGCGGAAAUCAAAAGAAGAAGAAGAAGAAGAAGAAGAAGAAGAAGAAUGUUUUCUUUUUCAUGACUCAUCGAUUUGUCGGUGGCAGACAACGAUUCCCAAGAACAAAUGCGAUUGCGAAACAAGGCAUUUUGGUUGGGGAAAAGAAGUGCUGCGCCUUUAAAUUUGUACAGUAACGCAAAUUCAAGCAAUUGGUCCGCGCCUUUAAAUUCAUGUAUUUUAUUGUGCGCACGACAAUUUCUAGUGUGUCUAAACUCGAAAACGGUCUGCGCCUUUAAAUUUCUACAGUACGCUUUUCGUGUUCAUUGUGUUUUCGAAAACUGGCGAAGAAACCCGUGUUUAAUUCCGCAAAAUUUCCGUCAAAAACCUGCUGCACCUUUAAAUUCGGCACUACAGUACCCGGCGUUUAAAGGCGCCGAACACGAGUUGGAAACCAAAUUUGCGCCGGCCGAAAAAACGAGAGUAAAACGAGAGUAUAUCGAACGCGAAAAAGUGUUUGAUCAGGCACACACACACACAGCAAAAAUGCGCGAAUAACUACAAUUUCCAUUGGCGAUGUUUGUGCAUCGAAUUGGCGGGGCGGAAAAGAGCAAAAGGAGCAGUAGGUAAACUUUUUGGGCAAAGUUUCGGCGGACUGGUUGGGAAAAGGGGGGGUGAUUCUGAUUCUCCAGAAUGCAAACAGUUAUGGGGGUGCAUGAGAAGGUUAGGUAUGCCUCAAUAUUUGCACAUUUUAUGAUCAUUAUUGGAAUUUGUUCAUUAGAAAAAUGAAUAAUUCGAUGAUAACUCGAAAACUAGAAGAGAUCCGGUGAAGUGUCAAGAGACAAAGUUGAUCAGCGCAAAAAGAGCUUUCAUUUGACAUAUGUCAUGAGAAAAUUCCAGGUUGACCCAAAAUUAGAGACAAAAAUUUUGUGCUCUGAAAUCUAUGAUAAUCAUACUCAUUUUAAAGCAUUUUUCACGCUGAUCAAGUUUGUCUCUUAAACUAUACACUCAUCCCUUUCGGUUUUCGAGAUACGCCCCUUUUUCAGUGCACAAUCCCCUCGCUGGCUCCAGUCGCGUUCGCCGGACUCUCUCACAUCGACCACCUAUGGUAGGCGGCCUCGAAUUUCCCCUGAAACAGAUAUUGUAGGUUCCGAAACUCGCGCAUCGACGUCAUCGCCACCGAAUCGUUCCAUCAUUUGACCAACAUCGACUACAUCUACUUUCACCGCACCAAAAUCGGGCGCAUCGAGCGGAGGGCCUUCUCGAAAAUGUACCAAAUCGAUCAUUUGUACUUCAAAGACGCCGUCGAAAUCGGCACAAUCGAAUCGGAGGCGUUCGCGGGCAGUCGCGUCGAUGAGUUCAUUUGGGACGGUGUGCGAGUGCACAGCGCCCACGCAACGUUUUUAUUGAAUUUCGACGCGGAGGACACGAUUCUAAAGAAUUCUUCACUGUUUCUGGUGCCUGGAAUUCGAAUUGAGGAGCAACAAAAAUUGAUCGAAAGGUUUUUCAAGCUUAAAGGACCAGGGAACCCGAAAAUUUUUUGAUUUUUUUGUUAAAUGUUUUUGUGACUGUUUGAAUUGUCUCUUAUUGCCACUCAUACACUGGUGAAAUGCUGCCUCUCAAAAAUGCCAAUGAACGAAACGGCAUGCAGUUGGGCCGAAAAAUAUAUAAAAAUAUAUGCGCUUCUCGGCCAUUUUAUUUUUUCCGCUUUUUUACCGGUUUUUUUUCCAAAAAUUCACGGUUUCUCCCAUUUUUCAGUUGAUUGACAUUUGUUCGGCACUUACUUAUUUUUUCACUGCUAAAAAAUUGUUUUCAUUCAGUCGAUAUGAAGUGCCAAAAUGGGAGAAACCGUGAAUUUUUGGAAAAAAACCGGUAAAGAAGCGGAAAAAAUAAAAUGGCCGAGAAGCGCAUAUUUCUAGGCCAUUGGCGCUAGGCCACGGCCACAACUUCAACUGCAUGCCGUUUCGUUCAUUGGCAUUUUUGAGAAGCAGCAUUUCACGAGUGUAUGAGUGGCAAUAAGAGACAAUUCAAACAGUCACAAAAAAUUUUCACAAAAAAAUAAAAAUAAUUUUGGGUUCCCUGGUCCUUUAAUCCUAAAAUCCCGAGCGAACCUUUUUUGCAGAUGCCUUGUAGAAGCGUGUAAUUUCAAUAUUAUGAGCCCCUAUGAAAUGGGGUGUGUGGUUUUGGAAGUGACAAGUUCGACGAUCAGACGAAUCGGACCGGUGACCGAGGUGAGUUUUUUUGUGACAGCUCUGCGUGAGGUGCUCUAACUUCUGGAGAGCUACACUAGCCUUGAGAGUGGUUAUACAGAAAAUUGAUCAACUACAAAAAUAAAGUACUCAUCUGGACCGACAUUUUUGUAGUUGAUCGUUUUGUGGUACGCCCACGCACAAGACAACUGUGGCUCUUGGAAGUUGGGACAGAAAAAAAAACGCGAUUUUUGCAGGACAAGGACCCGCCGGCGGUGUACAGUCCGGAUCCGUCGAUCAGCACGUCUCUCAACUCGAUCCUCUUCUCCAACUGCACAAUCGGAUCGAUCGAUUCGGCGGCGUUCACCAACUAUUCGCUUUCGAUUCUCUCGUUCAACCACUCCACAAUCGGAUCCCUUCAACCGAAAUCGAUCCAUAGAUCACGAAUCGAUCGGCUCGGUUUUCAGGGAUCCGUGCUGAAAGUGAUCGCGUCGUCGGCGGUCCGAAGCUCGCGGAUCACACAGUUCGACGUGGAUUCCAUGGAGAUCGACGAGAUCGGAAGUGCGUGCAUCGACAGCUCGACCAUCGGAAAACUUCGGAUUUUGAGUUCGAAGAUCUCUAGAAUGAAUGAGAGCGUGUUCAAAGAUUCGGAAUUGAAAGAGUGCCGGAUGGACGGAACGCGCGUGCUCCGAAUGCAUUCCGAAGCGUUUUACGGAAAUAAUCAGGUGAGUACGAUGGCCCUUGUCGUUGCCAUUUUUGACCUGACUUUGAUACGGUAUAUCUCGGUCAAUUUUAGAGCUUUUUUGACGGUUUAAAAACCAAUCGAUAGAAAACUUUAUGCUCUACGACUUUGCUGUUGACACUAUUUUACGAUAAUGCGUGGGUCUUGAGAUAUACACCUUUUUCUGCACCCACCACUUCGAAAAAAGGCUUUCUGAACGGACGGGUCUUGCAAACCGGCUAAUAUCUCAAAGCACAGGCAUUUUUUCGAAAACCUGUCAACUAGAAAGUUGUAGAGCUUGAAAUUUUCUAUCGAUUGGUUUUUAAACCGUCAGAAAAUCUGUAAAAUUAACUGAAAAAAAGCGGUUUUCCAGAUCGCCUCUCUAAUCGUCACGGCGAACGACCUCUCGACCAGCUCCUCCUCGCCGUCUCUGAUCUCUCCCUCAGCGCAUCCGACCUCUUUUCUCCUGGCCAACAAUACUCUCGACUGUUCCCCGACCGACUGCUCCACCAAUUCGUUCCUUUUAAAUUCGCCCAAACACUCGCCGCUUCUCUAUCAAAUCUCGUCGAAUCGCUGCCGUCCGCCACUCCAGAAUCCGUGCACCACGGCGCGAAAUGUGAAUUUGGAAGACGUCGGCUUGACGUGUCGCGUGUCCGGCAUCGUGGCCGAUUGUGCGUGUUCCUCGGCUCACGCAUCGGUCCCUAUAAGUCUCGCGCUCGAUUUCAACGUGUCGAUUGUGAUCAUCGGCGACUGUGAACAGUUGCGAAUCGACCAAACGGACCAGAGUUUCUCGCAAAUCUACGUCUUCCGCACCUCACAACUCAUGGUGCAUCGGCUGCCGAGUUCUCUGAAGGUUUUGAAGAUCUUCCACUCUACCGUAAGCCUUCUGAAGCCGUUAUUCGGUCCGAAAGUCGGCGGAGCCCAAGAUUGGCAAAUCUCGCACUCGAAAAUCGAUCGUUUCGGUCGUCAUUCGCUCGCGAAUCUUCAUUUGAGCCAUCUGAAACUACAGUACACCCGCGUCCCGUUUAUUCCGGCCCACGCGAACUGGAACUCGACGAUCGACACGCUGAUCAUCGAGAAUUCGUACUUGGAGUCGACGGCGCGCCUCUUCGAGAUCUCCGAGUCGCUUCGCAUGCAAAACUCGAUCGUUUUCUCGUCGCCGCGCGGUCUCGGCACGAUUUCAAGUGCUCAGCUGCAGAACAACACGCUGCUCGAGUGCUGUAGCGCCUACCGUAACCCGGAGGGUCUCGACACGAUCGAAAUGGAUCCACGAUGCGAUCUGUUCUUCUACGCAAGUCGAUGUUUCGACGAGGAACAAAUUGGCGGGAGACUUUCGAAUCAUCUGCCGAUCACUUCCAGCACCCGUCGCCUUCGAUAUUUGUACAUUUUGAUGCUCAUUAUUAUCAUUUGA